AUAAAAAGCUUCGAAUCUAGUUAAAAUUCCAAAUUCAAAUUUGAUCUCAUUUGAGAUACAUUUCAUUUAAUUUAGUUAGUGGUUCCUUUUCUUUGCAUGAACUGCUUUUAGUUUUUCACCCUUUUCAUUUGUAAAAAGGGCGAGGCCAACGAGGGGGCAGAGCAUCUUCGAGUUGAGGAGAAAAUAUUUCCGAUUUCUUGGAAGGAUUUUUGGGGUUUUUUCAUUACAUUACCUUUUUUUAGCUGGGGUUUCAGAGUUUUUCGCUGCUCCGCUUGGCUUUCGACUCUUUGAGGUUUUUGAUUCUUCCCAGUCUUAGUUUAUGAGCUCGAAGGAGAAGCCCACUCUUGGCGGUGCGCGGAUUAAGACCCGCAAACGGAAUAUUGCAGCUCCUUUGGACCCCGCAACAUUUGCGGAUGCAGUGGUACAGAUCUAUCUUGAGCAUGACGGCAACUUGGAACUUACUGCCAAGAGCAUUGAGUCUGCAGAUCUUGACUUCUCAAGAUAUGGUGACACGUUUUUCGAGGUGGUCUUUACAGGAGGUCGCACACAACCUGGUACCGUAAAGCCUGAAGAAUGUGAUCGGCAUACCUUCGCUGUUUUGAAUUGUGAACCUUCAAGGCAGAGUAUCUUGCCAUCUGUUCUUUACAUACAGAAGAUACUACGCAGGAGACCUUUCCUAAUCAAGAAUCUUGAAAAUGUUAUGCGAAAGUUCUUGCAGUCACUUGAACUGUUUGAAGAAAAUGAAAGAAAGAAGCUUGCUGUUUUCACUGCACUCACUUUCUCUCAGAAACUGUCUGGGCUACCACCAGAAACUGUUUUUCAACCUCUCCUUAAAGACAAUCUUGUGGCCAAAGGCAUUGUGCUUUCAUUCAUUACGGACUUUUUUAAGGAGUACUUGGUGGAUAACAGCCUUGAUGAUCUCAUAGGACUGCUGAAGAGAGGAAAGAUGGAAGAUAAUCUACUGGAAUUGUUUCCAGUGCAGAAGCGUACUACGGAGGCAUUUGCAGAGCACUUCAGCAAGGAGGGUCUUGGAGCUCUUGUUGAUUACAAUGAAAAGAAAAUCUUUGAUGUAAAAUUGAAGGAGCUGAAGGCUGCAUUAAUGACCUUGAUUACUGAAAAUAGUGAUAUUGAUGAUGUGAUUGAAAAUGUUAAACAACGCCAUAAAGAGUCAAAUCUACCUGACAUUGAAAUUGUGCGUCUCUUAUGGGAUGCUCUUAUGGAUUCUGUACAGUGGUCUGGCAAGAAUCAACAGCAAAAUGCAAAUUUGGCCUUGCGUCAGGUCAAGGCAUGGGCAAAACUUCUUAAUACAUUUUGCACGUCUGGAAAACUUGAGUUGGAGUUAAUUUACAAGGUCCAAAUUCAGUGUUACGAGGAUGCCAAGCUUAUGAAACUCUUUCCUGAAAUUGUAAGGUCACUCUAUGACAUGGAUGUUCUUGCUGAAGAUACUAUAUUGCUGUGGUUUCGUAAGGGCAGCAACCCAAAGGGCAGACAAACUUUUGUGAAGUCACUGGAGCCUUUUGUGAAAUGGUUAGAAGAAGCUGAGGAAGAAGAAUAAUUUUAAAAGUAUAAAAUAGGAUUAUUUAUUAAUAAGUUACUUUGAAAUUCAUGGGUGGAGUUUCUUCCCAGUUCACUUACCAUAUAUUCGAUUAGUAUCUAGUCCUAUUUUAUAUGACUUAUAUUAAGUUUAAUGCCAAAACUGGAGUGAGAUAUAUAAUCCACUUCUACUCUGUUGAGUGCUAUCAGAGAGACUUAAAUCUGUGCCACAGAAAGCAAUAAGACUUAAGAUGCACCUAGAAGCUUAUUUGAUUUA